AUACAAUUAUAUUGAUAAAACUCAGAGACGAUUUUGCGGAGCUCGUCUCUGACGUCACGUUGCCCCGCCUACUCUGUGUGUGUGUGCGCGCGUCUCGAGAUUCAGUGUGCGACACGUGACGGAUCGUGUGAGUGAGCGAGUGUGACCAUGAGGCGCCCCAACGUGCUGCUGACGGGUACACCAGGUGUUGGUAAGACAACCCUGGGCAAAGAGCUGGCAGAGAGGACUGGUCUCGAGUACGUCAAUGUUGGAGAUUUGGCAAAAGAUGGUAACUUGUACGAAGGUUUUGAUGAAGAGUAUGAGUGUCCGGUCCUCGAUGAAGACAGAGUGAUUGAUGAGCUGGAGGACAGAAUGAGUGAAGGAGGUGUCAUUGUAGACUAUCACGGCUGUGACUUUUUUCCAGAGAGAUGGUUCCACAUAGUAUUUGUUCUGAGAACGGAUAAUUCCAUAUUAUACGAAAGACUGGAGAGCAGAGGAUACAAGCAGAAAAAGCUCCAAGACAACAUCCAAUGUGAGAUCUUUCAGACCAUCUAUGAAGAGGCUGUGGAGUCUUAUCAGAAGGAAAUAGUUCACCAGCUGCCCAGUAACACACCAGAAGACAUGGAGCAAAACUUGGAGCAGAUUUCUCAGUGGAUUCAGCAGUGGAUGAAGGAUAAUAACUGAGUGGACUGCUUUUUCUCACUGCUUAUAGCAGAAAACAUAUGGAUUGGACCCAAUGUACAUACUGUAAAUUGUUAUAAUUUUUACACAUAUGCAAAGGUUAGUGUUUGGAGAAAUAGACGGAAACUUUUACUAUAGACUUGUAUAGUAUUUCUCUUCUCCUUUCUAUUCCAUUUCAUUAAUAUAGCCUGUGUUUUCUACUUUGUGACAUAAAGUAACAAAAACAACCUAUAAUGUUUCAACCUAAGUUAAAGUCCUUAUUUAGGUGAUAUAGGCAAGUGCACCUGUCAUUGGUGGCAGUCACUUUACCAUUCAUUUACAUCAGAAAUGUAAGUGGCCAUACAAGUAGAUUAUAAUCAUAAUCAGUUGAACAAUAACAACCGUAGUGCCAAGAAAUCGGAUAGUGAUUUUAGAUAAAGUACUUUAGAAAUGCUGGUUAUUAAACAGCAAUGUUGAAGAUAUGCCCACAAAGAGAUUACCUGAAGGCAUAUAU